AGGAAGAGCACCCCAAUGUGUCACCAUCUGAAACCUCCCACCGGGGAGGGUGUGAAUGGAAAGGAAUGUGCAACCUCCAGAGCAUAUAAGAGCUUGGCUGGUGACCCGCCUGCCAAAAAACUCCAGGGCAGACCAGGGGAAUCCCAGAGGAGCAGAGAAGGCCAGAGGAAAAGGAAGGAGAAGACCUGGAAGAUGACUUGGCUCAAGCUCACCAUGCCACUCUUCUUCCUGGGGGCCCUGCUGGUUUCGCCAGCUUACUUCCAACAGCCCCCUUGUGAGGUGGUCAGGAAGACGGUGCCACGAGGCUCCUUCCGGCUGGACGUGGAGCCUGGCGCUUAUUCCCCUAAUGACAUCUAUACAGUGUCCAUUACUGGGGCAGAGAAAGCCUCUUCGGUGAUCUUACAAAUUGUGGCUCCAGAGAACAGCGAUGGGGGGCUGUGGGAAGAGGAAAACUUACUGGUCCGCUGCAGUGCCUCCCAGAGCGUCCUGCAGAAAAACGUCUCGGGGUCCGGCGUCCGGGUACGCUGGAUUUCCUCAAGCAAUCCCAACGUCGGGUCAGCAGAAAUAAGAGCCUUUGUCACCUUUGCCAAUGGAACCACCCUGAUGCAGAGCAGGACCCUGGCAAAAGAGGUGGUCAGCUCAAUGUCCUCCUCCGUCUCCCGGCCAACCAGCAGCACCCGCAAGCCAACUCUCCUGAGCAACCCUUCCGAUGGUCACCGCCACCUCAACGCCACUGCAUUCCACCAUAAUCUGGCAUCUCCCCACCAAUCCACCAAAGGUCCACACAGUUCAGUCUCUGGGACCCAAGCCAGCUCGCUCCUUCUCGCCAUCCUGCAGCUUCUUUCCGUCUCUCUGGGAUACAAGCUCCUAGCCUAAGCUCUGCCCCAGGUAUUAGGAGCACUCUUCCGUUUUUGCCUACAACCAGAAUUUGAGAACUAAUGGACUGGUUUUCUUGGGAACCAAAUGUCUCUCCUGCAAAAUCCCCUUCCUUCCCUGUCCUCCUCCCAAUCUCUCUUUUCUGCAUCCUUCUUGAACUCAGCAGCUGAUUCCAGAACCGUUUCAGCAUCUGUCUUGCCUCAAUCCAAAGAGAAAUUGUCCUACAGUAUAGUAAUCAGGGGAGCAAUCCGGCCUCAGUUGGGUUUGUCCUCUCUAUGACUUCAAGACAUAGCAAUAAACUAAAAGGUCAACCAAUUGCUGCCCCAAUUCAGCUGCCUGAGGCAGAUUGUCAAUUUACCUAACAGUAAGACUGUUAUUUCAAAUGGAUAUUACUACCAUCUAGGCAAAAAUACUCCUUAAAAAGUAGACCCCCCCCCAGAGCUUCCUCUUGCAAAGAGUGUUUCCAUUUUCCACAGCAAGAAGAAUUCCAAGGUUUGAUGUGGGGGCCACACGAGGGCACCGAAGCCCGGGUAAUCAGAUUAAAUGGGUGAAAUCACUGUCACAAACUGGAACUGACAUUGUUCUCCCAAAGUGCUGCAAAGCUGCUGACCAAAGCAUUUCAUAACAGGCCAAUCUGACCACACAACCACCCAAAAGCUUCUCCAGAAUGGCUGUGCAUGACUGCCAACCGAAAUACAGAUUUGAAAACUUCUCAAGCUAAAUUGCCUCUUUUCAUCUUUGGUCCGAGCAACCGUCUGGACUGCAGAGCGUUCACAAUUGCGAGACUGGAAAGAUUUCCCCCCCCCCCUUUUUUUUUUUUUACACUUUCUGCUAUUUAAAUCCCCUGCUGGUAAGGCAUUCUCCUGUGUUAAAAAGAAAAAAAAGUCUUUCCGUUUCUCCAAAAAUAACUUGGGAGCUGCUGCUGCUACUAUUACUACUAUGUGUCUGAAGAACUAACUGUCUUGAGAAAAAUUAAAUUUGGAGGCAGUAAGAAGAAACAGCAGAGAAGAAGGAUUUUGGAAGCUCAGAGUCCCAAUUUUUAGUAGGGAGAUGUUGGACUUCUAAAAGUUCUCUGUGUGUUACUGAUUUUUUUUUUCUGUACAUACUGUAUCUUUGGGAAACGUAUUUUGAAACUCCAUUGUGCUUUCAAUAGCCAAUAAAAUAUAUUCAUAGGA